UGAGACUUUUCAUCGAAAAUGUUAGGGUUUAUGGUUUCCCUCUUAUAAAUUGUAUUUUAUGCACUUUUCGCACCACCGAUAUCAGUAGACCUAGAGAUUUCGGCGGCGUCUCAACAGAGGAAGAAACAACUUUGUUUAUUAAAUCAAACAAGCAAAUAUGUCUGGUGAAGAAGGUGUUGUUGCAGCUGAGCCAGUUGUUGCUGCAGCCGGAAUUCCAGGAGAGCCAAUGGACAUCAUGACUGCUGUACAGCUUGUAUUGAGAAAGUCACGGGCAUAUGGUGGUCUUGCACGAGGUCUUCAUGAGAGUGCUAAAGUGAUUGAGAAGCAUGCUGCUCAGCUCUGCGUUCUAGCUGAAGAUUGUGACCAACCUGAUUACGUCAAGUUGGUGAAAGCUCUUUGUGCCGAGCACAGUGUUAGCUUGUUGACUGUUCCAAAUGCAAAGACCCUUGGAGAAUGGGCUGGUUUGUGCAAGAUUGAUUCAGAAGGAAAGGCUAGGAAGGUAACUGGAUGCUCUUGUGUGGUUGUCAAGGAUUUCGGUGAGGAACAUGAAGCAUAUAAUGUGGUUCUUCAGCAUGUGAAAGCUAACUAAGCUGCAAUAUGCCUAGAUUUGUGGGUUUCAAUUUGAAAGUUUUUGUAUAAGUCUAUGAUUUUUGCCUUUUUGGAUUAUCUACUUAGGGAUUUUGAUGGUUUAAUACUGUACCCAUUCUCAUUGCUACCUGUUACUUAAAUUUGUUGAGACUGAUAACUUGUUUGUUACCCAUAUUCUCUAUUUAUACUUCUCGAGGUUGGAAAACUUACUAUCAGCUUAAUGCAAAUCCACUUAAACUGGCAGAAAUAGAAAUUUGAUGAUUUUCUUUGUUUAA